ACCUCCUGUAGUGCCGACACACUCGCUCGCUCCUGUUUAAAAACACUCCACACACUCACUUUGUUUUGCUUGCCUCACUUGCCAGACAGAAGUUCCCAAAAGACCCCUUAAACUUCGGGCCUGGCAAUACUUUCCAGCGAAGAUCAUCGGGUGGAUUUCUUUAGCAAGCAAUACAGGGGUUUUCCCCCCGUCCGUCAUGGAAGCCCUCCUUACCAGCUGUCCGGGGCAUGGGGCUGACACGGUGCCCCAGUUUAGUGGCUUGGAGGUCGGGGAGGGAGAGAAGCCGGCAGGGGCAUUGAGGGUACGUGUGGAGGACUGCGUUUUCACAGUGGAUCGCUCCCUGCUAGCAGCCAGCUUUGCGUACUUCCAGGGCCUGUUCCGUUCUGGGAUGCGGGACAGUGGCCUGGACGAGAUUUGCCUGCAAGGUGGGCUACAUCCAGCUGGGUUCCUGAUUGCUCUGUCUGUUGUCCGAGGUGAACGGCCCCCGUUAGCUGAUGCCGAUUGCCUCAUGCAGGCUGUGGAGUGUGCUGCCUUCCUCCAGGUGGAGGCGCUAGAGAGCCACCUGGCCAACAUCUUGGACACGGACAACUGCCUGCUACUCUGCCAGGCCGCGGCCACUUUCGGCCUGCACAAUCUCUUCAACAACGCCGCCACGUUCAUCCGCGACUCCUACCGUGACCUGAGGUGGGCAGCGGAGGAGUCCUUGCACCCGGACAUACUGAGCUACAUCGAAACCAUCACGCCAGCCUCUUUUAUUGCCCUGGGCACCCACACUCCUUCCAUGGAGAUGCUCCACGAUUCAUACCGUACUGUGUGCCACCUGGACGAAGAGGAGGGAGCGUGGAGAAUUCUUACCGACCUUCCUGUGGAUUCAAGCACCUCUAUGGCCGGUGUUGCUGUCUUGGACGGUCGGCUGUACGUUAUCGGAGGUGUCGUGGGGGUCAGCAAGGUCACGGUGGACCGUGGAUUCUGUUACGACCCGCAGACAAACUCUUGGACCGACAUACCAGGUCCAGCUCAGUCCCGCUAUGACUUCACCUUACUGGGGCUGGAGGGUAAACUCUACGCGUUUGGGGGCGAGCACGGCCGGAAGAUCAUGUCAUCUGCCGAGGUGUUUGACGCGGCGACGGAAACCUGGUCCUUCAUCCAGCACACCCCGAGACCCGUGGGAGGUGCCGCCGGGGCGGUGUGUCGCCGUAGAAUCUUCGUGUGCUUCUGGAAGCCUCCCAACACCACAGACGUCUACGAAUAUGUGCCCUCCGAGGACGAAUGGACGCUCGUCACCACCAUGGUGCACCACCAAAGCUACGGCCACGGCAUGGUCGCGCACCGUGACAACCUGUACGUCAUGCGUAACGGGCCGAGCGACGACUUCCUCCGCUGCCUGAUAGACUGCUAUAACAUCACCACGGGCCAGUGGAGCACCCUGCCGGGACACUACGUCAACAGCAAGGGGGCGCUGUUCAGCGCGGUGGUCAGGGGGGACUCUGCGUUCACCGUCAACAGAUCCGUCACCUUGGAGUUUAGCGUGGCCCCGAACGGGUGGAAGAGGCGCAGGGAGAUGGAGGGGUUCCCCAAGAGUGGGUCGCUGUGGACUUGUCUGCUGAGGAUACCCAAGAAAGGAUUACUGGAGGAAGAGGGGAAGGAAGAAGAAGCAGGAAGGACAGGCAUCACGGAGGAAAACGGUGUACAUGAAGUCAAAGAGAAUGGCCUGGAGAACGGUGAAGAUCACAAAUAGGAGACUGGACGAAAAGCACAUAUACACACAGGAGGCACCUCAACGUUAGCCAGACCACAUACUCCUAGUGACGCAACACCUUCAGCGUUGCUUCUAGACAGGCCAGGAGCAAUACAAAUAUCAUUUCUGAGCUCCAAACAAUCGUGCACUUCUCCCAUUUUGUCUCUGGAAGCAAACAACCAGUAGCAAACCCCGCCCCGGGUCAACCAUACAGUUUUGGGAAAUGUUAAUUGUUAUGCUCUUGGUCAGAUCAAGUCUGGAGGAGAUUUGAAUACCAGGCUUCCUCAAGGUGGCAGAGACAGAAAUAUUGUUAAGCUAAAAAUUCCUGGCAGACACUACUUCUACCUCUGCUGCUAACACAGGUGAUUUUACUGAUUAGCUCAUGUACCUGGCUGAAGAUGUGGUAAUUAGGAUCAGCUCCACCCUACAAAGACAAAGUGCUGUAUAGUAACUACGAGAAAAAAUUGAGAAAACUGAAACUGAGAAAAAUGCCUUCAAAGGUUUGGUAUUAGGUUGAAUAUUGUGGUUGUAGUUGUGCAAAUUUAACAUAGCAUAACAUAGCAUAAAGGAGGUGUUAUGAAGAGCAUAUUCAGUAUAAACUCAAUUUUGACCAAAAAAUGUAGUUACUGGACUUUGUCUUUGUAGGGCAGAACUGUUUCAUUGAACUGUCUGUAGCAAAUAUGUGUCAGUGUCUUUUACAUUCUGCACACGGGUUGUCCGCCCCCACAAGGAAGCUUGCCUCCAUCAGAGCAAUGUCACACCUUGGACUCUGGGAAAUGUGACCUCCUAAUCGACGCUCAGGCCAAAUAGAUGACAGGACACACAUCAAGGCUUGAUAACAGUAUUGAUGAAGUAGCAGAAAAUGGUCUGGUAUAAGAUGAGGGUCAAAAAUAGAUAGUUUCUUUAUCAAAAUAAGCCCUUCAUUGUCUGAAGAAAAUAUGACGACAAUUAAAAAAUAGGCAUAAUUUGUAAUAUAUGAUUUUGUUGAAUAAACCGAUUUCUACAUG